AGGAGGGUGGAGACAAACAGCUGGUUAGUGAUGCCGUGAUCCGACCGCCGAUCGGGUUGUUUUUCACACCAAUAAACGCCUUUCCCGGAGCCACUGCAGGAAAUGACCGAGAGGCCUUACAGCUAGUUUGUGCUUUUGUUGCUCCAGUUGUCUGCUGAGAGACCCCUAUCUGGAAGCACAUUUGUUUCCGUUGUGAGUAUUAACUACCUCAGGCACUGGAAACAGAUCAAGAGGGUGCCCAUCGAUCUCUUUGUCUCUCCCGACAGCUGUGUCUGUUCAACCAGGCCCCUGAUCACCCCUGACCAGACUGAGACCAGCUGAACGCCACUCAGAACCCUCUGACCGACUGGAUCCGUCAGAGCGCCACACGCCUCCUGGAGCCCUGAACGUGCCAAGGCGACAUCACCCUGUAGCUCGCAUCCUCCUCCAAGGUGGAGUUCUCUGUGCUUGCUGUUGAACAGUUUCACUGUUUUUCCUCUCCUGAAAAUUCAUAUUGUUUUUUUCCUGACAGAUUUUUAAGAUUUUUCUAUUUUUAUUAGAGGUCUACAGAAAGCUAGAUUUCAGAAAGAAGGUUUUUUUUUGCUUGCAUUUGAAGGAUUGAUUUUGCACUUUGGAUUUUGUCCCGGAUUGAAGCUAUUCUUGGUGUGAAAGAGAUGGGUAGAAUUUUUUUUUCUUGAGAGCCAACUGUGAACCAGUUCUAACAGGAAUCGUGCUGUUCCAUUUGGGAUAUUUUGUUGUUUUUUGUGCAAACUUUUUGAUACGUCUAGAGUUGCAGCUGGGCUGCAGAGUGGAAUACUGUCAUGACUUCCAGUGUGAUGGAAUCAUUAAGUUAUCUAUUUACUUGAUUCCAGGAGACCCAAAUUAGGUAGAAUUGAGUACUUGUAUAGUUUCCAAGGUGAAGUACAGAGGAGUCCACUUCGCAAGGACCGACACUCCCUGGGCGCAUUGAAUACUUAUGUAUUGUUGCAGUGCACAAGAAAGUAAAAUGGACUACAAGCUGCGCUUUUUGCUUGGCGGGUCCAAGCACAAAGUGCAGCAGCACCAGCAAUUCCAGUUGCCUGAGCUCAGCCGGACACUCAGCGCCCCCUUGGGCUCUUCUUGCUCCACUCCGUCUCCCAUGGCAACCAUAGGCUCCUCCCCCUCCAGCUGCCACGCCCCACCCCCAGGCGCCGCCACGGCAAUCGCGGACAUCCAGCAGGGUAUCUCCAAAUACCUAGAUGCGCUAAAUGCAUUCUGCCGUGCGAGUGCGUUCCUCACGCAGAUCUUUGGCAGUGUUUUCCGGGACUCCCGUUACUCCAAAGCAGCUAUGCAACUGAAGGACGUGCAGGAACAUGUCAUGGAAACCACAAGUCGGCUCACUACAGCAAUAAAGCCUGAGAUCGGCAAAAUGCUGAUGGAGCUCAGUGCAGGCUCCACUAACUUCAAAGACCAGAAUGACUUCAGCCUGCAGGAUGUUGAGGUGUUAGGCCGCUGCUUCCUGACAGUGAUGCAAGUGCAUUUUCAGUUCCUGUCCCAGGCACUGCAGAAGGUGCAGCCAGUGGCGCAGUCCUGCCUGGCAGAGGCGCUAGCACAGGUUCAAGAGAGGCGAGGUAAUGCCCACACCCAGAACACGAGCACUGGGCCCCUGACGGAGCUGGACGAUGCUGUGCGCUCCUGGAAAGGAGCGUCGGAGGUGACAGCUUGUCUUAGGGAGAGAGGGCGAGAUGGCUGUCUGUCUGGCAUUCAGGUUCAGCAGCUCUUCUGUUCUCAGAACACCUCCAUACCUGAACACCAACUUAAAGAGCUCAACGCCAAGAUAGACAACGCUCUACAGGCGUAUAAAGUGGCGUUAGACUCUUUAGGUCACAGUGAAUAUGCGCUGAAGGCUGGAUUUCACCUUAAUCCCAAAUCAGUGGAAGCAGCAUUGCAGGGCUGUUGCAGUGACGCUGAGGCACAGCAGGCUGGCCGGUUUCACACCACAUCUCAGGCCAUCCAGUGUGAAUUACCCACAAUCCCCGUUCAGAUCGGCUCUCACCUCCUCAGAGGAGUUUCCUUCAACGAAAGUACAUCGGACAACCUGAAGCUGAAAACGCAUGCAGUGCUGCAGCUGAUCAAGGAUGCGGUGGAUCAGAAUGGUGUGGUGGUGGGAGACAAUUCCCCCAUCACAGAGGUGCUGAGUCAGGUGUGUCCUUCCAGCUGGAGAGGAGCUUGCAAGACUGCCGUUCAACUGCUGUUCGGACAGGCAGGAUUGGUGGUGGUUGACACAGCUCAGAUUGAGAAUAAGGAAGCUUAUGCGCCUCAGAUCUGCCUUGAAGGAUCUAGAGUCAUCAUCCAAGUUCCUUCCACAUGGUGUCUGAAAGAGGAUCCAGCCACCAUGUCUCUGCUGCAGCGCAGUCUGGAUCCGGAGAAAACCCUUGGCCUGGUGGAUGUGCUCUACACGGCUGUCUUUGACCUUCACCGCUGGAAAGAGCGCAAGGAACAGGCUUUGCCCACCAUUCAGAUCCAGCUGCAGCGGGACACGACUGAUUACGGUAGCCACUCUGAUCUUCCUCCCGGCAACAGCACCAAAUCCUCCGGCGGCCUCCCCAAAACCAUUUCCAAACUCACCUCACGAUUCACCAAGAAAACUUCCUCGAACUCCAGUGCGGGAGGCAGUUACUCGAUCCCCAGCACGCCCUCUCGAAGCGCCCUGAACAGCAACUCUGAUGACAAACCCGGGCGUCUACACAGCCUUCUGCAGAUGAGCAGUAUGCCGUGCACACCCGACCCCAGCCACGCGCAGAUCGCAAACGGAGCGUCCUCCGAUGAGCAGGGGAUGAACCUGCCCACCGACCAGGAGAUGCAAGAUGUCAUCGACUUCCUGUCGGGUUUCAACAUGGGAAAAUCGCAACAGGCGUCUCCGCUGGUGAAGAGGCGGAACUCUGUGGCGUCCACAAAUGCGGCCGACUUGAAAACGGCCAGUGGAGCAGCGCCACCAACCUCGCAGGCUCAAGUAUCCCAUAAUACCUUGCAGUCGCUGGCGCAAAGCCUGCAGCUGUCAACACCAACGCAACAACAGCAGCAGCCGUCAACACCAAAACAACAGCAGCUUCCAGCGCAGCCGCAGUCACAAGCUUUGCAGUUCUACCAGCAUCUCUUGCAGCCGAUUGGCCAGCCGCAGCCUCAACCCCAGGUACAGCAGACCGCCCCCGUUUCUCCGCAACUCUCCUCACAGCAGCCUCCAACUCAGCAGCCAAUCUCUCAGCAAAGAGGCCCCAGUAAGUGGCCCCAGGGCCCCUUGAGCGGCCUCUCCCCGAUUGGGCCCCUGUCUCAGUGGGCUGCCCCGGGCCUGCCUGACCUCAGCUCUGACCUGUACAGUCUGGGGCUGGUCAGCACAUACAUGGACAGUGUUAUGUCUGAGAUGCUCGGUCACAAGCCCCCUCAAGGCCCACGGAACAACACCUGGCCCAACCGAGAACAAAGUGAGCAGAGUCUGUUCGGAGUGUUGGGAGAAUCUAUGCCCUUUGACCCCGCAGUUGGCUCUGAUCCAGAGUUUGCGCGUUAUGUCGCUGGGGUCAAUCAGGCCAUGCAGCAGAAACGGCAGGCGCAGCAUGUUCGUCGUCCCAGCAACUCUCGCAGCAACUGGCCCCACCCUGACGACCAGCACAGGGGCUGGACACACCCAGAAUACUACAGUGAGGGGGAGGCGGUCAACAGUGGCUGGUCAACCAAUCAGGGUGACUCAGCCAGUUCGAGUGAUGAAGCCUCCUCAGCCAAUGGGGACAGCUUGUUCUCCAUGUUUUCUGGGCCUGACCUGGUGGCAGCUGUUAAGCAGAGACGGAAACACAGCUGUGGUGAACAGGAAGUGUGUACUCUGCCCUCUCCUCCACUCCACCACACCAGUGAUGACAGUAACCAGGACAGCAAAACUAAAACAUGGCCUCCUAAGGCCCCUUGGCAGCACUCCUCCCACUCCAACACGAUGCCCAAUCCCAGCUCUUCCCUCUAUCAGAUGACCAUCCCCUCCAGCCAAUGGGGCGACUCCAUGCAAAUGUUGCAGUCUCCGGUGUGGUCGACAGCCAAUGACUGCCCUCCAUCCUCCGUGAUCUCCUCCGGAUUCCCGUUCACACAACAACAACAGCAGCAGCAGCAGCAGCAGGUCUCCCAGCACAAGAUCCUGAGCAAAGGCUUUAAAACCUUCCCACUCAAACCUGAGCAUCGACCCUCGUACCUGCACCAGUACUGAGCUGGACCCGUGCUGGGAGAGGUUGUCCUAUUUCUUAUCCAAGGGCAGUUUUUAUGUAUAUGAGUGUGUAUGUGGGUGAAACUAGAUAAACCAUCUAAAGGCAACUUCUACUUUGAGUUCUGAGCCUAAACGAGGCAUGAUGUGGCACUGUGUUCAGUGGUCACUGGAUGUUGAAAAUCAAACUUUCAGACAUAAGGCAGGGGGAAGGAUAUUUUAUUAUUUUUGUAAGGCUCGUACGCUGGAACACGGCCCUCAUCUGGGGCUUCGUAGAAACCUAGCUGAGAUUUUCACCUUUUGGUAUAAAGUGUGUCGUAAAACGACACGACCCUGGUCAAGACUCCAACCUUGUAAAUUAGAUUUCUAAUGUUUUUAUAGGGAAAUUUGCAUUUAGAGUAGUGGUUAAUAACAUUUUUGUACACAGAUGCGUGUCAAAAUCCCCAAACAAACGUAACUGCCUUCCACGCUGUCCAAAAAAAUGCAUGAUUCAUGCUCAACGCAGCUAGUCGGACCAUUUCACUGGCAGCCGGUUCAGCCCGAUUUCCACUGCACGACUGAAAACAUAACGCGUUCUGGAACUACUAGCCAACAGCGCAAAGCGUGUUGUACAAAAUUGCCUAGUUCUUUCUAGAAGUCUUCAGUCUUGCCGUGGUGUUUCGGGUUUGCGUUUACACGUGGUGUCUCCCAAUAUGCAUGGCCAUCGUGCUCACUCAUAGCGCGCUACUGCAGCCGCAUUACGAAGAUUCAGGGGUGUCCUUGUACUAUAAACGGACACGCCCCCAUAACGAUACUGUGUUUAAAUAGCUGUAACUGCCAAAUCUCAUGUCGGAUGAGCCAGAAUGCAGCUCUCAACUAACUGUUCCAUAGCUUGUAAAUGACUCAAAAAAAGAGAAAAAAGAUUAACUAUAAAUAUUUACUUUUUAUGAAGAGGCUUUGAGCAGGCUCAGCAGAAAUAUAAUAAUCAUAGCAGAGGUGUCAUUUGAAAGAAAUACACUACUUUUUCAUCAUCUGACAAAAAGGAAAAAAAAAAAAAAGGGAUGUUAGUAAGUAAACUUUGUGCCAUGUUGUUUUGAAUAGCACUUGCAGAUAUUUUCUCUAACCAAAGUAUUGUUUAGAAAGGGGAAAUUGGUGCUUGAAAUAUAAAGAAAUGCCGUUUGGGAGCUGUAGUAGUAGUAGUUAUAAAUAUCUAAAAAAAUAAUAAAACUUUUGGAAAAUCUGUAUGGUCAUAAUCCUUCAUGCGCUUUUGCUUUUCCGAUUGGCUUUCUUCCGAAAGACACUAACACUUACAAUAAAAAUAACAUUGUAUUCCUUUCAAAUACAAUAUAUUUCUUGUACAAAUAUUGACAGUAUUAAUCUUAUUUUUGUAUUUUCUUAAACAUUUUACCAUUACUGUACAAGUUAGUGAAAUAUAGGCUUAUUAUUAAGUAAAACAUUAUUUUCCCAAGAUGUGAAGCACAUUUUUUCUUUCCUACAGAGUUAAACUAUCUUCUUUCUGCAUAGGUUACCAAAUACACCAUUAUAAACACUAAUAAAUGGUUAUGGUAGGAUUGGGGUGUUUUUUUUGUUUUUGUUUUUUUUUACCCAGAUUCCUUUGGUUUCUGUGGUAUCGGGCUUCAUCUUAAAAGCCCAGAAUGUUCAUUUUUUUUGUGACGUUUGCCGAUGCCAAUGUUGCCUGUAUUUAUGAUAUGACCAUGUUUUCUGAAAACUAACAUACUUACCAUGUUUACAGAGAAUUGUUUGCUGUAUAUAAAUAUAUCUUUUUAUAGUUCUAUCGAAAUGUAGGUUUGUUGCUUUGCCUGUGUUUUUCUCUCCCAAACUGUUGCGGCAUAAAAUUUUUUUUUUUUUUUUUUUUCUAAGAAAAAACAUCUACAAGACCUUGGACUGUAACGCUCAACAUUUCUUAGCUGUGUCAAAAUGGUUUACUAGUGGCUUGAAAAAAAAUUAAAGGAGUUUAAAAAAAAAAAGUUCUUAUGUUGCCCUGACUGAAGACAUGAGGGGCGGCUGCUUGGCUUAUGUUGCUUAUUGUUCACUAGAGCUGGCAACUGAUUAUUUCCAAGUGUACCAGCAAUGCAAAAAAUAAAUAUAUAACAUUACAAAA